GUUGCUUGGUAUUUACUGUAAUCAAAAGCUGUGGAAAGCAACAGAGACCAAGCUGUAAGGGCUGCAUUUUACAUAGCAAAGAAUAAGACGAGAAAUACACAUUGUAAAGGUGGGUAUUCACAGAUAGGGACAUAUUGUGUAACUUUUAUAGAGCCCAGUAAGGGAUAAUACUGAAUGUAAAAUAUAAACAGAAAUAUUCAUUAAUGCUUGUUAAUAAUUAGAAAAUGCUACAAGAAUGGGAAAAUCUUAACAUUGACAUAAUAUGCCAGGUAGCAUAUGUUAGUUAAAAAUAGCUGAAAUGAAAAAAAAAAAAUCUAAAUUUUAACUAUUUUUGCCUUAAAUGAGAUUUUUCACUUUGUGGUUUAUUCAAUAAACAUUCAAUUGUAGUUGAUCAAAUUUUGAAUGGGUCAAUUAAGGGGCAAAACUAAGGAUACAUUAGCUAAGCCAUGACCGUAGCUGACAUGGAUCAUUUUUCCAAAUCAGCAAUUUUUGUCUAUAUUUUGCCAAUCGUGAUUUCAUUAGCUAAGAUUGAUGAUUUAUUGAAUAAGCAUGUGAAUUGGUAGUUGUGGAGAAUUGUGUAGGGAACUGCAAAUGUUAGAUUUUGGAUUUCAGUUGGAGCUAAAGCAAUUUUGAGCUAAAAGUUUACUUUGACCAAAAUAAACCAGAAUUUGCUGUUUAACAAAUAAACCGCCAUAUAGGUUUCGGGCUCUCUGAUAUUAUUGUUAGAGUAGUUUGCCUUUCUCACUGGCGCCAGAUGUGUACAAAAAAAACACAGACAUAUAACAGUCAUGGUAAGAUGUAAAAAUGUCAUAUGUGUUGUGUGUUCUACAGCAGGAAAUCAUGCCAGCUACAGUGUCUCUUGAUUCUGUUAAACCUCCUAUACAUGAGCAAAUAGCAGAACUGCAGAAGAAGAUACAGCUUCUUGGUAAGUAUACCUCCUAUUAUUGCUAAUAAAGAUGUCCAUUUUCAUUUUAGUGGGUGUCUGGAGGAGUGACCAGGGGUAGGGCUAAUAUACUUGAUCUCAUGACCUGAUACUCUACAAAAGGGUAACUUGUGCACUAUAACAACUUACUGCAGGUUAAUGGCUGCCCCCCUGGAGCUAAUACGUCAGAUUGAGGAAGUUUAAAUGGUGCUUUUCAGUAUCACAUGUGUCCAGGACUCCAGCUUCUGCUUGCGACUUGCACAUUUUCAAACAUUUUAACCUCUAAUCUAAAUUGUCCUCCCAGCGCCCAUUGCGCUCAGCCUCUUUGGCCCCGGCACUAGUAAAGAAGAUUAAACCAUGGCACCCAUGAUAGCUGACACUCAUAUUCUAUUCUACCGAUUGCCAUUGUCAGAAUGCUUUAGAAAGUUUUACAGGGCAAAGUAUAGGGAAUAUUAGUGUCCUUUUUUCUGUCCUACAUUUUCUGCUGUGCCUUGCAGCAAUCUAUACCUCCUGUACAACCAAGAGCAGCCAUGAUUCUCUAAAGGAGACUUUUCCUUAACAAACAUGGUUGGAGUCAGUUGUAUAAUAUGUGAGCUCAUGUGGCAAUGGUCAGCUUUAAGCACCCCUCCUCCUGCCCAGUUUAUAAAAUUGAGGUGUUACCUUUAUAUUUAUUUUAUGCACUCUGUCUAAAACGUAGAGCUGGGUCACACCUCUAGAUCAGGUACCCCCUCAUUGAUAGACAUGUCCUGUGUUUAAAUGUUAAGAACACGUUUUUAAUUCAUUGUGCAUGCUUUGCUUAUCAUAGACGGGGAUCAAAAGGCCUUCCAAGAGCAGUCGGGAUGGACCAUCCAGAAGAAUGGGGAGACUAUCCAAUGGCUGCGCCAGGAGAAUAAGAAGUUACAUCGGAAGCUAGCUGACGUGCUUGCGGUAUGUACCCGACUUAUAUAUCUCAGAAACAAGCAGACACAUUCUGCUCUAUUGACAGUAAAGCUAAUGAUAUAUCUACACAUUCUCCCCAUCCCAUGAGGUAUAUCUAUAAACAAAUAAUGCUUCCUACAAUAUAUACAUGAAAACCAGUUGGAAAGAAAGUGGCCAUUUUGAUUGUCUCCUUCUGAUUGGAAAAAAUAUAUACAUAGUGUUAAUAAAGUUAUUCACUAAACUCUGACCUUUGUAACUGGUCAAGUGAAUGAAAAGAAAGGAGAGACGUAUAAAACAAGAGAAUCAAGUCAUGAGAUAGUUUCAUUAUGUGACUGCCAGUUCUCAGCUCCUGCUCUCUGUGCCUAUCUCAGGGUGACGAGAAGGUGAUCAAGGAGGCUUUCCAGAGCCGAGCCGUGGAGAAAGCAGCCAUGAGGGGCAAAAGUGGGCAGGUGAGUCCUUGGCAAUAUAUGUUUACCUUGUCUAUUCGGCCUUCUUCUGUUUAAAAAGAUAAAACAAACAUAUAGGAGCUGUUUAAAGGGACACUGUAACCAGUUUAUCUUGUUUAAUUUGGUUAUAAUACCUGGAGUCUCCUGGCACUGUUCCUCCAUUCCAUGUUAAACCAUUUUCGAGACGUUAUUAUCAUUAUUAUAUUUAUAUAGCGCCAACAAAUUCCGUGGCGCUUUAAAAUCACAAACAUGUAAUUGAGAGUCCCUGGAUUCCCACAGCUCCACCCCCACAGGAGGUGUGGUUAAGGUAGAGAUUACACACUUCCUUGUAGCCAUGCCGAUUCAUACCUGCAGUGGCACUUUGAUCGGUUGAAUGCGGUCAGCUGACACUAUCAGCCAAUCACAGCCAUCCCAUUGUUGCUCACGUUAAUGUUUUCUCAUUAGCCCAAGCAGCAGAGAGAGUUUGAGUUUCUGGUGACUUUUGUUUAGCAUUAAAACAUUAAAAAGGGUUUAAUGCUGAAUAGUAGAAAAGUGCCAGGGGACUCCAGACACUAUAAACACUUCAAUGAGAUGCAGAAGUUAUUGUGCCUAUAGUGUCCCUUUAAGGCCAACUCUCUUUGAGUUCAAUGUUUAUUUUAAAUAAAGUUACAUCAGUUCAAUAUAUAGUGACCAAUGCAAGUGUGUCAGAUUUUAAAUAAAGUUCCAUCAGUACUAUGUCUCCGUACAUAUGCUAUUGUUCCAGAGUUUAAAUAAACACAGAACAGCAACGCGUUCUCUUCAUAGUGACAAAAUGAUUCCACCAUCCAUGGUGAGGUCCUGUGUGCUAUUUCCUUUUCUGAAUUAUUGAAAUUGAAUACAAAGUAUAGAAUAGUUGUAACAUUGGACAUAAUGCCAUUACUAUAACUAAUGAUAGAAAAGGAAACCCAAGUCUUUUUGCUUGGGAUCACACCAUUUCCAGAGCUGAUUCUCUUCAUGUCUUUAUUACAUUCAUUUAUAGCUAUAAUUUUAUGUUGCAAUUUCAUCAAUGUUAAAUGAAGCACGUAGAAUAAAAAUACAGACCUCUUCAUACUCAUUACUGAGAGCUCAGGCAAAGAUCAUAAAUCAUCGUAAUUCCUGUUUCCCAGCGAGUAUAUCUGAGAUGUUUGGCCUUUACCAUUCCAGAACUGAGAACUCUAUUUCCCAUGCAUAAUCAUUUCCACUCAGUUCCGAACAACUGGAGUAAAAAAAGUUAGCCAUGUAUUAUACAGUCUUAGAAUGGUAGCGGGAUAUAUACUGAUCGUAAGCUCACAUAGGUAAAACACUUAUUUUCGUUAGUUUCUUGUGAACUACAAGUCAAAUUGACUGUGCUGUAGUUAUAUUGCACAGCACUUCAGAAACAGUCUAUUAUUAAUGACGAUAAGAAUAACUAAUAAAUAAUUACUAUUGAUUAGGGAUUUACAAGUCUAUACACCUGUCUGUCAUCUCUUUUCAUUCUUUCGACAUCUUCUGGUCUGUUUCCAGGCGGCCAUCCAGGUGAUGGACCAAAAGUUGUGUGACAAGGUGAAACGUCUGAAUGCUCUGCAUCAUCAGACUGAGAAGAGGAGGAAACAUCUGGAAGAGCUGCAGAUGCUCUACAAGCAAAAUGAAUUGGUGGAACAGGGAAAAACAGGGAAGGAAGAGGAGGCCUUGGAGGAUGAACAGGUGAGGGGAACAAAAUGCAUACUCAUCUCAUCCACAGUCAUCAUGCCGUCACACUACAUCCAAAGUCCAUUUGUUAUGUCAUUUGUCCAUGUAUCACCCUGUGCUGGAAGGGACAGACUCCAUGUCUCAUAGCUCCCUCCUGUCUGUGUCACCCUGUGCUGGGAGGGACAGACUCCAUGUCCCAUAGCUCCCUCCUGUCUGUGUCACCCUGUACUGGGAGGGACAGACUCCAUGUCCCAUAGCUCCCUCCUGUCUGUGUCACCCUGUGCUGGGAGGGACAGACUCCAUGUCCCAUAGCUCCUCCUGUCUGUGUCACCCUGUGCUGGGAGGGACAGACUCCAUGUCCCAUAGCUCCCUCCUGGCUGUGUCACUGUGCUGGGAGGGAUAGACUCCAUGUCCCAUAGCUCCCUCCUGUCUGUGUCACCCUGUGCUGGGAGGGACAGACUCCAUGUCCCAUAGCUUCCUCCUGUCUGUGUCACCCUGUGCUGGGAGGGACAGACUCCAUGUCCCAUAGCUCCCUCCUGUCUGUGUCACCCGUGCUGGGAGGGACAGACUCCAUGUCCCAUAGCUCCCUCCUGUCUGUGUCACCCUGUGCUGGGAGGGACAGACUCCAUGUCCCAUAGCUCCCUCCUGUCUGUGUCACCCUGUGCUGGGAGGGACAGACUCCAUGUCCCAUAGCUCCCUCCUGUCUGUGUCACCCUGUGCUGGGAGGGACAGACUCCAUGUCCCAUAGCUCCCUCCUGUCUGUGUCACCCUGUGCUGGGAGGGACAGACUGCAUGUCCCAUAGCUCCCUCCUGUCUGUGUCACCCUGUGCUGGGAGGGACAGACUCCAUGUCCCAUAGCUCCCUCCUGUAUGUGUCACCCUGUGCUGGGAGGGACAGACUCCAUGUCCCAUAGCUUCCUCUUGUCUAUGUCACCCUGUGCUGGGAGGGACAGACUCCAUGUCCCAUAGCUUCCUCUUGUCUAUGUCACCCUGUGCUGGGAGGGACAGACUCCAUGUCCCCUGGCUCCCUCCUGUCUGUGUCACCCUGUGCUGGGAUGGACAGACUCCAUGUUCCAUAGCCUCCUCCUGUCUGCGUCACCCUGUGCUGGGAGGGACAGACUCCAUGUCCCAUAGCUUCCUCCUGUCUGUGUCACCCUGUGCUGGGAGGGGCAGACUACAUGUCCCAUAGCUCCCUCCUGUCUAUGUCACCCUGUGCUGGGAGGGACAGACUCCAUGUCCCCUAGCUUCCUCCUGUCUGUGUCACCCUGUGCUGGGAUGGACAGACUCCAUGUUCCAUAGCUUCCUCCUGUCUGCGUCACCCUGUGCUGGGAGGGACAGACUCCAUGUCCCAUAGCUCCCUCCUGUCUGUGUCACCGUGUGCUGGGAGGCACAGACUCCAUGUCCCAUAGCUUCCUCCUGUCUAUGUCACCCUGUGCUGGGAGGGACAGACUCCAUGUCCCAUAGCUCCCUCCUGUCUGUGCCAGCCUGUGCUGGGAGGGACAGACUCCAUGUCCCAUAGCUCCCUCCUGUCUGUGUCACCCUGUGCUGGGAGGGACAAACUCCAUGUCCCAUAGCUCCCUCCUGUCUGUGUCACCAUGUGCUGGGAGGGACAGACUCCAUGUCUCACAGUUCCCUCCUGCCUGUGUCACCCUGUGCUGGGAGGGACAGAAUCCAUGUUCCAUAGCUCCCUCCUGUCUGUGUCACCCUGUACUGGGAGGGACAGACUCCAUGUCCCAUAGCUUCCUCCUGUCUGCAUCACCCUGUGCUGGGAGGGACAGACUCCAUGUCCCAUAGCUCCCUCCUGUCUGUGUCACCCUGUGCUGGGAGGGACAGACUCCAUGUCCCAUAGCUCCCUCCUGUCUGUGUCACCCUGUGCUGGUAGAGACAGACUCCAUGUCCCAUAGCUUCCUCCUGUCUGUGUCACCCUGGGCUGGGAGGGACAGACUCCAUGUCCCAUAGUUCCCUCCUGUCUGUGUCACCGUGUGCUGGGAGGGACAGACUCCAUGUCCCAUAGCUCCCUCCUGUCUGUGUCACCCUGUGCUGGGAGGGACAGACUCCAUGUCCCAUAGCUUCCUCCUGUCUGCGUCACCCUGUGCUGGGAGGGACAGACUCCAUGACCCAUAGCUCCAUCCUGUCUGUGUCAUCAUGUGCUGGGAGGGACAGACUCCAUGUCCCAUAGCUCCCUCUUGUCUGUGUCACCCUGUGCUGGGAGGGACAGACUCCCAUAUCCCAUAGCUCCCUCCUGUCUGUGUCACACUGUGCUGGAAGGUGCAAAGUUCCUCUCGGUUAGCUCCCUCAUGCUUGAAUCACUCUGUGUUGGGAAGAAAAGGCCAGUGACUGUCAAUAUAUAUUUUUUUUAUUAAAUUUGUUUUUAUUCCCCAUGACAUUAUUUUUAUUUUUGCCCCGGGACUUCUUUAGAAAGGGGUUGUAAUCCAAAUACUAUUUCCCCAACUUGUACUGUUUGCAAGAGCCAAUAUGCAAAUAAAAUAUAUUCGAAUAAUCCAAAUUCUAUACAAAUCUUCAAUUUGUAUUUCCUCUAAUGCAAAUACACAAAUUCUGCCUUGGGAGGUUCUGGAUCACAGUUUUCACACCACCGGAAUAAACUACGUAUUCUAAAAAUCCUAUCUGUUCCCUUACGGUUUACUUGUUUUAUCCACAGAAUGAAGCCACAGAACAGGAGGAAAUUCCUCACCAGGUUAAAUAUUUUAUAUUCACAACCAGCACUGUUCCCCUCUGCAAUGUUUAGAAUUUCUCUCCUUUGGGCUUCACUUGCCUGUCAGUCAUAUGCUGCUUGUCUCCUUAUUUUCCAAUGCAAGGGUUGGUGGCUUUGGGUCAUUUAGCUUAGAAGGUAUUGGACCAGAGCAAACUAGGAUUUUUGGUUUCUACACAUCUUGGUGACCUCGGGCUAACUCCCCUUGCUUAAAUGCUUCAGAUGCUUUGUGUUUACUUGAUCACACAGCUGUAAACUGCCAUAAUUUAACCCUUGUUUUACACAUCUACAGUCCCUUCGAGUUCUGGAGAACCGUCUUGAGAAAGCCCAGUUGAAGUGUCAGGAAUCGGAACAUAUUCAUAAUGUCUACCAGAAGCUCAAAGACCAUCUGCAGGUGACACCAUCUUAACCGGAAACUUGCUUCUUCUUACCUGUAUAUUUGUAGCGCUUUGUAUAUUAAGAGUGUUAGCUCUGCAGAACUACAGUCCUUUAAAUAUAGCCUCUCGUGUUCUUGUUUUCAUAUUCGUGACCCUUUCAGUAUUAGCACUUUCACUUAAGCCAUUAGUUGCUGGAUUUACAGAUAUCUGAGUUCCUCUGUAUGUUAGAAUGUAAUCUCUACGGGACACAAACCAAGUUUGAUAUAUCUGUAAUAGCUGCUUUUUUGUAUUAAGAGAGUAAGGACUGCCAAACAACAAUUAUUCUUCUAUUUGGGUCCUCCUCUCCCUAAUGUACCUAAGUAUAUCAGAUCACAAGCGCUGCCAAUCAGGAAUCACUUCUGGGGAUUUGAAUUGAAUCUGUGCAUUUCUGUAUAUUAGAUUGUUAGCUGUGUGCUUUAUUUUUUCUCUGUAUUUUACCUGUGUCCCUUCCUGCAUUAACUUGUGCGCCCAUUUAGGUGUUGUAUUCAAACUUGUCGCAAUCAAUUAGUGACAAGUCAGUAACGACAGGUAAUUACUGGCAGACAAAACUUUUAAUGUCUCCCAUUGAGAUUAUUAGGAGGUAAUAAAUGCAAAUUAGCACUUGGUUUCCAUGCUUGAAGUUAAAGCUUACCAGCUGUCACAAUCUAACUAAAAAUUAUGCCACCCUCAUCUCGAUGAAAAGAAGGAAAGGCCAAGUUAACCAACGCAAUCUCUCUGUAUAAAUAAAAAAAACCAUAAACAUUUAUUAUCUAAUAAAGAGCAUCUAAAGUGUCACGCUAUUCACCAUAACUAUUACAGUGCACUGUAUUGUUUUUUGCUGCUGGGAAUCCCCUUGUGCGUCCCACGGUGGGUUGUCAAACCGUUUAAAGUUGCUGUGGCAAUGAAUUGAAAAAUGUUUAUUGAUGUAUGUCCGAUUUGCAAAAUAGUAAAGCUACGUGGUGGUAGGUACCAGUGGAGUCAGACAUGAAUAGUGUGCAGAAUGUUAAGCACAACUGUUCAUCACGGAAACCUAUAUACAGGCAUAUAUAAUAAAAAUAUAUAUUUUCGCUGCAGGAGGAGAGUUUCACUUUUCAAUCCCAACUUGAUCUCCUGGAGGCCGAGAUUCUAAAGCAGAGACAAGAGCUAAAAGAGCUUCAGGCAAUGAACAAGGGCGCAGUGAUGGCACGGGACACAGCUCGGGUAUGUAACACAUUUUGUUAUACAGGGAAGUUGAUGCAGCCAACCCCAGGUUGAGAUGUUAGGAAUGCCCACAUGAUUUUUUAUUUUUUUUUGACAAUCUUUAUCCCACAUGAUUAUUUAUGUUUGUUAUAUCACAUACAGAACAAUGUGUUUUGCCUCUGCAGUCUGAACUUCUGCGUCAGGAGGAAGAGCUUCAUCGGGAACGACGGGAGAGGGAUCGCAUCCUUCAGGAAUACAAGAGGCAGGCGGAGGAGAGGCGCAUGCAUGCUGAACGGGCGGAGAGGAGGGUGAGUUAUAGCUCAUGCUCAUGGUUCAUUGGUAUAUGACAUUGUUUAAUCAACUAAAUAUAAACUUCUUCCUGUUACGAAACUCCUUGUUCCACCAAUGAGAGACAAUCUCCUUCACCUUGUUCCACCAAUGAGAGCCAAUCUCUUCGCUUUGUUCCACUAACAAGAGACAAUCUAAUUAUUUCCAUCUGAUUAUUCCAAACACUUUUUAUAACUGGAAGACUUCACAUCUUUUACUAGCGGACACCUGCAGCUAUCUUCAUCAAGCCUUCUUUCUCCUCCUAACCUGUUUGAGACUGGAUUCGAAAACAUUCUUUGUCCCAUCUAAAUGAUUGAAAUUACUGACAAGGUCACAGUUUUCGGAUAUUUUCUUCUUUCCUUUCUCCCACAGGCUCAACGGGUAAUUCUGCAAGGGGACGAUGCUCCAGUGGAGACUCAGUUGGCCUCAAAUGGGCAAGAGGAAGAGAAAGUUAUUCAUACUUAUCAGGAGGCCUUCCAGAGGAUUAAGGAUGCCACGGGGGUUACUGACACUCAGGUGAGAGGUCAUGAUGCUGGAACCUGUGAACCUAAUGUGUAAUAUUUUUAAGCUUCAAAAACUGUUUGUGUGAUGUCCCACACCGGAUUCUCUCAGAAUUUUGAGUUUGAAGAUGUAGGUGCUUUUGAUUGUUGCCUUAUUUUUGUGGAUCAUAUAUACAUAUAUGUACAGGGCUUAAAAUUUCGACUCAACUGGGCUAAAUAUUCACCCGCAAGUGGAAAUUUUGAGCACUGAAAUAUUUAUAUAAAUGUGUAUGUAUGGAUUCAUCCUAGGUCCAACUAUUUGUUGAUGUCCUCUAUUGAACAAGGAUGAGCCUAUGGCCAGAUUACCAGGUUUUCACUGUUUAUUUAACAGAACACUUCGCACAAAGCUUGCUGAAGUACUUUGUGUCUGGAGUCAGUCAUAUUUGUGCACUUUCAUAAUUGAAAAACCACAACAUCUACCUGGCUGUCACUCAGAGCUAACAGGAAGUUUAGGAAGUAUUUUCGAUCUCCAGAUCUAGCUGGAGCCACAAGCAGAUACACUACAAUCAUGUUUACAUGUUCCAUGUCCCCACUUUCUGAAUAGUUCAUGUAGACAAUCGACCUGAUCCAGUAAAUCAAGGUCAUCUCAGAACUAAUUAGUAGUUAAAAUACUGGUCACUGGGUGAUUUUCGAUUGGAUCUGUGAACCCACUAUUUGAACUGAAUCACUAAAACAUUGGGGGGGAGACGUAUCGAAAUGUUCUGAUAAGUGUAGUUUAGUUAUUUAGCAUGUUUUUAUUUUUUAGAUUGUUGUAAACAUGACUUUUUUUCACAGAAAUAUCUAUUUUAGAAAAGGCCAUCGAAUUUAGAGUGACAGAAAAAAGACAUGUUAAACAGAACACUUUUCUAGCAAAACCAAGUGAAGACAUAUUGAUAAAUUUGUUGCAUUGCCCCCAAAAUGGCAGGAAUUCAGAAAUGAGCGUUAAGAAGCAACAGGUGGAAAUCCUGACAGUUUUGUACUCAUAACACUAUAGUGUUCCUUUAAGCAGAUUUGAUAAAGUUUAUAAUUGGUGGAGAGCUGCUCUAAUAAAUUAUCCCCAAAAUGUACACCAAACAAAGGCCCAAAACUGUGUGUGAUACUUUGAUUAGUUUCCAGUUUUGAGGUAAGUGUGAAGGACAGGAAACACAAUGGUAACGUUACUACUUUCAUAUUUCUUUCACUUGUAGGAGGUAGUAAGUCGCUUCAUAGCACAGGGGGAAACCCACAGGCACCUGGAACAGCUAAAGAGUGAAAAUGAAAAGACUCUAGUAAGGCUGAAAGAUGAGAAGGAGAGGCUGCAGGACGCUUUCCAGGAACUCAAAUACUCAGGAGAGGCCAAACUGUCCAGGUACGGUACUUUCUUUCCAUAUACACUGCAUAUAAAAUGGAGCUCAUAACAGGAUGGCGGAGAUGUGACAGAUACCAACAAUUGUUUUCUCUCCCAUAUAUCAGUCUCCAUAUUUAGGGCAUAUUAUUGUGUUUAAAACAUAAUUUCUUUCUUUGUAGCCUUUGUUUUGUCCAUAGAGGGGCUAAAAGAAUUCUACUAAUUUCAAAUCCUACAACCCAGCAUGCUUUGUCACACUCUGCACGAGUCACUCAGGAGAAAGAAAAGUAGCCAUUAUUGAGGUUCCCAUUAAAAUGUUUGAAUGUCUGCAGAAUACCAAGACAGAAUUAUUUUUCCCUAAUAUUAUUAUUUUUCCCCUCUCCAUUUUGUGAUAUGGUGGGAGAGGUGCUAGGUAGAGAGAAUCUCUGUCUCCUUGAGAGGGACUCCUUGAAUUAAUAGCAACAGAUGGAGAGGUCAGCUGCCUGCCUCAGUUUUGUGGGCAUUACACUUUUAUAACAUCAACCUCUGGUCUGCCCUUGCUUCUCCCACAGUCUUCAUUGAUUUGCCCUGUGUGGGGACAUUUCCUUAAUCAGGGCAAACCUCCUGUGUGAUGCCAACAUGCUGGCUUCGUAGGUGAGUGAUGUCAGUCACUGGCUAGGGAGUUACCAUAGCAACCGCAGCACUUGCUCUCUGGUUGCUAUGUGUGGAGAGCAGAAUGAUCGCCUGUGGGAGGUCUCUAAUGCUCUCUUUAUCAAUAAACCUGGGAGACAAACCUGGGAGAAAGGUUUGUCUCCCAAUCUAUACAUUCGCUAACAAAACUGCUAGCUCAAUGUUUAGAUUAAAUUUUAUGCUCUUUCAAAAGAGAAUAUGUUGUACAUACCAUGACAGUAACCUUUUAAUGUAUUCAUAGGGGUUCUCCACAUCUAAAACCCUUUGGUAAUUUGAGAUUCAGGGAUAUUUCCAGCAGGCCAUAUCAGCCUUGUAUAAUACAUACACAAGGGGAAGGCACACAUGCAAAUGGUGGGCAGUUGUUGGCUGUCAAGGGUCUGGGGCAGUGACACUCUGUACAAUAAUAUGUAGAAAUGGGUAAGGCACAAAAUUACCAUCUGAAGGCAGUUUUAUUUGGACAGAAAAGCAGUAUUUGGUCAGUAACGAGAGCCUUUAUCAAGCCAUGUCACUUUCUACAUGUAUUGUUGUAUGGUGUGUGGUCACCUCAGACAGUUUGACACCUGACAAUUGUCCCCUCAUUUGUACAUGUGACAAUUGUCAGGUGUCAAACUGUCUGCACUGUUUGCAUUUUAAUGGGCUGAUACGGCUUAAAAGAAAUGCUGCCUGGCCCUCUUCUACCUAAUAUCAGUAUUUUGUAUUUCCCCACUUAGGUGUCAUAGUUUUAUUGCUUAGAUUGUCUCUUUUAAGGCCUUGAAAACUACACAAAAUAAGUAUUUCUUUGUUUUUAUGUUCCACGUAUGACUUCCUUACAAUUCUGUAAUCAGACCAUAACCAUGACCGUGUGUAUUUCAUACAUUGAUAUUCUUUAUUCUCCCUAAUAGUGGACAACAAGUUUUAGACGAGCUCCAGAUGCACCUACAGAUGGAAGAGAAGAAACGUGACACAUCCAAGGAAGAUCUAGAUAGAAUGUCUAAGAUCCUGAGCUCAGCAAAAGCAGGAGUGGAGCAUCUAGCAAACAAAGUGCAGCACAUCAAGGUGGUAAGUAGAGCAAAGAGGCGCUCAGGAGCCGGGUUACUGUAAUAAGAUGUUACAGGGUAAUAAGGCGCUCGGGAGCCGGGUUACUGUAAUAAGAUGUUGCAGGGUAAUAAGGCACUCAGGAACCGGGUUACUGUAAUAAGAUGUUACUGGGUAAUAAGGCACUCAGGAGCCGGGUUACUGUAAUAAGAUGUUACGGGGUAAUAAGGCACUCAGGAGCCGGGUUACUGUAAUAAGAUGUUACAGGGUUAAUAAGGCACUUAGGAGCCGGGUUACUGUAAUAAGAUGUUACAGGGUAAUAAGGCACUCAGGAGCCGGGUUACGGUAAUAAGAUGUUACAGGGUAAUAAGGCACUCAGGAGCCGGGUUACUGUAAUAAGAUGUUACAGGGUAAUAAGACACUCAGGAGCCGGGUUAUUGUAAUAAGAUGUUACAGGGUAAUAAGGCACUCAGGAGCAGGGUUACUGUAAUAAGAUGUUACAGGGUAAUAAGGCACUCAGGAGCAGGGUUACUGUAAUACGAUGUUACAUGGUAAUAAGGCACUCAGGAGCCAGGUUACUGUAAUAAGAUGUUACAGGGUAAUAAGGCACUCAGGAGCCAGGUUACUGUAAUAAGAUGUUACAGGGUAAUAAGGCACUCAGGAGCCGGGUUACUGUAAUAAGAUGUUACAGGGUAAUAAGGCACUCAGGAGCCGGGUUACUGUAAUAAGAUGUUACAGGGUAAUAAGGCACUCAGGAGCCGGGUUACUGUAAUAAGAUGUUACAGGGUAAUAAGGCACUCGGGAGACAGGUUACUGUAAUAAGAUGUUAGAGGGUAAUAAGGCACUCAGGAGCUGGGUUACUGUAAUAAGAUGUUACAGGGUAAUAAGGCGCUCAAGGAGCCGGGUUACUGUAAUAAGAUGUUACAGGGUAAUAAGGCAUUCAGCAGUUGGGGGCUGUUACAUGGGUUGCGUUAUUGAUUGGUGUGUUUCUCUGCAGCCAAGAAGUCACUAUCCUGCUCCUGAUCUGUCACCACUAUCAGAUGAGUAUGUUCUAGAUCUUUUGUCCAUCACUGAAGAAAAGCUGCAGAAAUUGUUGGAGGAGUUGGAUGGUCAGGAUCUUGGAGAAGUUGUGAAACAGAUGGAGGAAGAGGAGGUUAGUAAAAGUGGUAAAAGGUCUUUGUGAUAUUUUUUUAUUACAUGUAUACUGAAGGAUAACUGGUGGAGAUCGUUUUCAUCUGCAAUAUAAGAAAGGGUUUUGACUUGGUCAUCAGAUAACAGGCAAUAGAAUAGACUUCUCCACCUCCAUGAUGAAUAGAUUUAGUAACUAUGUCUCUCUUUAUGUUUGAACAAUGAAAACCUCCAACUUUCAAAUCUAAUUAUACCAUUUUAUUUUGCAAUUUAUAUUUUUAUUGAAGUAUCAGAUGAACACUACAUGCUAUGAUAAUGCAAUAGGUAUGCAUACUAUUUUUUCCCAUUCUUUUUUUAAGCUCGAACAGUAGGUAUAUCAAAAUAGAAUUGACAAUAGAUAACAAUACAAAAAAAAGUAACGAUAAAUUACACAUCAACCAAGACUGUAUAGACCAAAUUAACCCCUUAAGGACACAUGACAUGUGUGACAUGUCAUGAUUCCCUUUUAUUCCAGAAGUUUGGUCCUGUACACUAUAGUUUCCAGAACAGCUGUAGCUUAAAGGGACACUAUAGUCACCUGAACAACUUUAGCUUAAUGAAGCAGUUUUGGUGUAUAGAACAUGCCCCUGCAGCCUCACUGCUCAAUCCUCUGCCAUUUAGGAGUUAAAUCCCUUUGUCACACCUCCCUGCAUGUGACUUGCACAGCCUUCCAUAAACACUUCCUGUAAAGAGAGCCCUAUUUAGGCUUUCUUUAUUGCAAGUUCUAUUUAAUUAAGAUUUUCUUAUCCCCUGCUAUGUUAAUAGCUUGCUAGACCCUGCAAGAUCCUCCUGUAUGUGAUUAAAGUUCAAUUUAGAGAUUGAGAUACAAUUAUUUAAGGUAAAUUACAUCUGUUUGAAAGUGAAACCAGUUUUUCUUUUCAUGCAGGCUCUGUCAAUCAUAGCCAGGGGAGGUGUGGCUAGGGCUGCAUAAACAGAAACAAAGUGAUUUAACUCCUAAAUGACAGUGAAUUGAGCAGCGAAAUUGCAGGGGAAUGAUCGAUACACUAAAACUGCUUAAUUAAGCUAAAGUAAUUUAGGUGACUAUAGUGUCCCUUUAAUAGCUAAAUGGGUUUAGCACUGUAGGGUCAGGAAUACAUGUUUUGUUCUUGACCCUAUACUGAUCCUUUAAUAUAACAAAACACUAUAACAAAAAUCAUGGUGCGAAAGGUACUACCACCCUGCAAAUUUUGAGUGGAAGCAUGGGAGAGAUGGGACCAAUACACAGAAUCGAACAAUACCCUACACUCAAUUUACAAAGCCAACCUCAAUGUCAAUUGAAGGCAAAACUUCAGAGGACCGACUCCAACAGCUGUGUUUAUCCCACCCAAACACAAAUGUACAAGGUAAUUCUUGGAAAGGCAAAGAUGAAACUAGUAUAUAUUAUACAUUUCUAUCAAUAGCAACCUGGUACCAACCAACCAACCAGAUACACAAACCGGACCCUAGACAAAGGCCUAGUACCCUAGAUCGGAUAUUUUUUGCCCCAUAUCCAGGUAAAAUGUAAACUUUUAAAACUUUAAAAAAAAAAUUUCAUGUUUGUACAGUCGCACAACUUACACCAAUAAACCUAACCUCUGGUCUGGAGUUACAACUCUAGUAAGCAUCUCAACCAUGAGCCUAAACCAUUAUAUUGUACUCAGUACCUGGGAAGUUCAGGGACUUCUGAAAGUACAAUUCAUAUUUUUAGCUCAGAUGAUGCAUAACACCAUGUAGUAACUUAUAAGCACCCCUAAUAAAUAUGGGUAGGAAAACUAAAAAGCUAAAACCCAAGAGACGAGGUAUGAAUAUAGGAGACCUUCUCCACCAAGCACAUGGUGCAUAUGGGCCCAAGAUGGCCGCCGACCUGGAAGAUUCUCGGACAACUCGGAUGAGUUGUCCCCAGAAGAAGAGGGAGGCAGACAGAUGCUGACAUCACAUCCUCAAGUCAUACCCAAGUCCAGAGACUCAAGACCCAUGACGGCAGAAAUGCUCCAGAACAUGCUGGGGGCUCUCCAGAGGUCAAUCAAUGCAGAUGUUGCCCUGCUCCUCACCAACAUCAAGGGCCUAGUUGGCCGCUUAGGAACAGUGAAAGCCACCUCCGAGCAGCACACUAGAACCAUUGCUCAGCUCCAGCUGGACAUCCAAAAGCUUACCAAGCGACAAUCGGCCUCUGACCAAUGCUUUGCCACGCUGGAAGACUUGAGACGCCGCAAUAACUUGAAUGUCCGGGGAAUUCCGGAAGACUUUCUCAAUGCAGAGCUCCCGCAUCUCCUACGGAGACUCCUGGCACAACUAAUAGAGCCUGAACAGGUCAGAAAUUUAAACCUCAACCAAAUCUUAAGGGGCCCGAAACCCUGGAAGGCGCCUAAAUCAUCCCAAAGAAUGCAACACCAGAAGCAUAUGCAGCAGUAACUACAUGAAGCUGAGGGAUUGCGGCUUGAGUCUUACUCCACGAUUGCAUGGGACUUACACUAAUUGCGAAGUUGGUUAUAUUUUUCUUCCUGAACCCUUCUCUUUAAUUUCCUGCUGGUCAACCAGCCCAAAACACAGGUCAGAUACACUUAUGCUCAACCUGGCCAUAAGCCAGGUUGUCCCAUCCCUCCCCCCCACCUCUGGCACCAUGGACCCCUGAAUCCGAUUACUACAGAGUUCUAGAGGUGUAAAUCAGUACAGGCUCGAGGAAGAUCCCCAACAACGCCAUCCAGAUAAUGUGUUCCUGCUCUCCUUAUACUUGCAUGUAAUCAGUCAGCUCAGCCAUAUUGGGCCAUUUGAUCUCCUCCAAGGGGUUGGACCCAUAGAAGGCCAGCUGCAUCCUCAUCUCCGAGUCUGCAUUGCUGGAUAGGCCAAAGUCCGUGAUAACCUCCUCCCAGAUCAGUUGCAUUAGCUCUUCUGAUGGAUUGGCUCAGAACAAAGCCAAUCACUCUGGGACUCUUCUCUGGAUUUCCUCCUCUGACAAGGACACUGCAUGAAGAAAAGAUAAGAAAAGAAACAAUAGAAGAUAAGAGAAGGAAAAGUAGGGUUGUCGCGGAAGGAGAAUAGAGUGGCACCCAGACAGCCCCGCACGCAUACACAUGCUCCUCAGAAUGCACGUCUGUCCCUCCUAAAACGCCAGUUAGCCGUUGGCGGUGAACAAGGUCUAUGUCUCUUUUUGUUACCUAACUGUCUCUAAAGAAGGUCUCUCAAGGCCUUGGUGCAUACUACAUUUAUAAACACAGUAAAACAUUGGUAAACUUGUUAGGUGUAUAUCUUUUAUUAGGGCUAACAGAUACUGUUUAUUACAUGUAAUUAUCUUCCAGUAGGAGAGGCCAUUCUAGCAAGGCUAGGUCAGAGUUUUAUCUGACAGUUAUUCUACAUUUCAUCAAUAAAAACAAAGAAAGUAAUAACAGAAGCGGGAUAGGCCGUAGAUGACCUUGAUGUGGCCGUAGAUUGACUGCCCCCAUGGCAGAAGGGAUAGAUCAUAUCCAUGUUCCAGUCUGUUUUGUAAGGGUUCUUGCCAUGCUCUGGAACUGACAUGUUGAGUAAUGAGAGUCCCAGCAUACAGGGAGUGCAGAAUUAUUAGGCAAGUUGUAUUUUUGAGGAUUAAUUUUAUUAUCGAACAACAACCAUGUUCUCAAUGAACCCAAAAAACUCAUUAAUAUCAAAGCUGAAUAUUUUUGGAAGUAGUUUUUAGUUUGUUUUUAGUUUUAGCUAUGUUAGGGGGAUAUCUGUGUGUGCAGGUGACUAUUACUGUGCAUAAUUAUUAGGCAACUUAACAAAAAACAAAUAUAUACCCAUUUCAAUUAUUUAUUAUUACCAGUGAAACCAAUAUAACAUCUCAACAUUCACAAAUAUACAUUUCCGACAUUCAAAAACAAAACAAAAACAAAUCAGUGACCAAUAUAGCCACCUUUCUUUGCAAGGACACUCAAAAGCCUGCCAUCCAUGGAUUCUGUCAGUGUUUUUGAUCUGUUCACCAUCAACAUUGCGUGCAGCAGCAACCACAGCCUCCCAGACACUGUUCAGAGAGGUGUACUGUUUUCCCUCCUUGUAAAUCUCACAUUUUGAUGAUGGACCACAGGUUCUCAAUGGGGUUCAGAUCAGGUGAACAAGGAGGCCAUGUCAUUAGAUUUUCUUCUUUUAUACCCUUUCUUGCCAGCCACGCUGUGGAGUACUUGGACGCGUGUGAUGGAGCAUUGUCCUGCAUGAAAAUCAUGUUUCUUGAAGGAUGCAGACUUCUUCCUGUACCACUGCUUGAAGAAGGUGUCUUCCAGGAACUGGCAGUAGGGCUGGGAGUUGAGCUUGACUCCAUCCUCAACCCGAAAAGGCCCCACAAGCUCAUCUUUGAUGAUACCAGCCCAAACCAGUACUCCACCUCCACCUUACUGGCGUCUGAGUCGGACUGGAGCUCUCUGCCCUUUACCAAUCAGCCACGGGCCCAUCCAUCUGGCCCAUCAAGACUCACUCUCAUUUCAUCAGUCCAUAAAACCUUAGAAAAAUCAGUCUUGAGAUAUUUCUUGGCCCAGUCUUGGCGUUUCAGCUUGUGUGUCUUGUUCAGUGGUGGUCGUCUUUCAGCCUUUCUUACCUUGGCCAUGUCUCUGAGUAUUGCACACCUUGUGCUUUUGGGCACUCCAGUGAUGUUGCAGCUCUAAAAUAUGGGCAAACUGGUGGCAAGUGGCAUCGUGGCAGCUGCACGCUUGACUUUUCUCAGUUCAUGGGCAGUUAUUUUGCGCCUUGGUUUUUCCACACGCAUCUUGCGACCCUGUUGACUAUUUUGAAUGAAACGCUUGAUUGUUCGAUGAUCACGCUUCAGAAGCUUUGCAAUUUUAAGAGUGCUGCAUCCCUCUGCAAGAUAUCUCACUAUUUUUGACUUUUCUGAGCCUGUCAAGUCCUUCUUUUGACCCAUUUUGCCAAAGGAAAGGAAGUUGCCUAAUAAUUAUGCACACCUGAUAUAGGGUGUUGAUGUCAUUAGACCACACCCCUUCUCAUUACAGAGAUGCACAUCACCUAAUAUGCUUAAUUGGUAGUAGGCUUUCGAGCCUAUACAGCUUGGAGUAAGACAACAUGCAUAAAGAGGAUGAUGUGGUCAAAAUACUCAUUUGCCUAAUAAUUCUGCACUCCCUGUAGAGACAAAGGAAUUGGCUUUUGAAACAUUGGGAAGUAGUUUUCCUUCAUGUUGUAAACUCAGCCCAUGUCCUGGACCCUGAUGAUAGGGGAUAGUCUUGUCAUGCAAAAGCUUGGUAACGGGUCCCAGGGAUCGUCUCCAAAUGAUAGUAAAAUGGGGAAAGUCUCCAUAAAAAGCACAAACAUGUCCCUCAAAGGCAUGGUUCAGAAAGGAUGUAGGAACAUCCAUUACUGUAACCACAUGCAGAACCGAACCAGAAGGUCCCUGGGGACAUAGUUGGUGCUCUGUCAAUUUUUGCCACGCUAAAGUGGGAGUCCACUGCUAUGGCCUUAGACUUAGAUGAGGACAGUAGGGCAGUCUAUAUUUUUCUAAUCAUAUGAUAUGUAGCUGCCUAAUGGUUUUCCCAAUUUGAGGUUCCCCACAGACAGCUGCCGAGGUUGGAAGAAAAUCAAGGUCAUCCAUAGCACUGACUUCUGAAGAGGUUGGAGACGGCUCCCUCAUGGCGCCAUUUUAACCUAGUUGGUUUACGGCAACGAUCGAGGCCUUCUUCUCGAUGUGCCGCGUAAGGGUUGGUGAGACUACCGCCACUUAGCCCAGUUGAGCUGCUGACAUUCUCUUGGUCUUUUGCUUUACGUGGGCUCCGAGGAAGUUGGAGAUGGCACCAUCUUAGACAUAUGUGGACAUGGGACCUGGUGGAGCAACUCCCUUAUACUGAUAGAUUUAGAGUGAAUGUUGUUCUUUGCUUUCUUAGAGUGUUGUCCCAAUGUUGCCCCAAAUAAUGAAUGCCAAAAUCGCCUUAAAAGUGAAGGUUCUGGAAGUUCAUUUGAUUAGGAAGUCAGUUUUUCUCAGAGCAACUGCACAAAACAUCUGCUCUGUUCGAGCACUGACUCUGCUCCUCCUUUUAUAGCACUUUUAAUUGUUGAUCUGGGCAAGACAUGAUGGGCCAUUAAUGGGGUACAUGACAUCAGGGCAGGAUUUCCUAUAAGUCACGCAAGACAUUUUCCUCUGUUGUCCAAUAUUAGGCAUUGCCUAGUCGAUACGCCUCGGAGCAAAUAGGAUGUAAAUCCAGCCAUGGACAUAAUGCUCUGGACAAUACAUAGCUGAAAUAUAAAACAAAAACAUGGUUACAGGUUAAAUUUAUUUAGGAAUAACAAGUAAAGUGAUAAUACACAGUUAAGGUGUUUACACUACAAGUUACUCAUCUAUGUUAAUAUCAUUCUCUCUAGUUUCAAGCCAGCAUUGAGGGCAAGCUCCCUGCAUACAACGUGCGCAUCUCUUUGCCAGCUCCAGCCAAGCAGGAUAUAUACGGUAAGAAAGCCAGGCACAUAUAUAAUGGUCACAGGGACAUAGAGAGUGAUGCUGUGGGGGUCAAAUACUGAAUGCAGGAUAUAACACAUAUUAUUCCUGAAACCGCUAUAGUUGAUACAGGGCAUACGCAGUCUGCCACCUCUAGGGUUAGUACAGGGUAUACACAGUCUGAUAUCUCUAGGGUUAGUACAGGGUAUACACAGUUUGAUAUCUCUAGGGUUAGUACAGGGUAUACACAGUCUGAUAUCUCUAGGGUUAGUACAGGGUAUACACAGUCUGAUAUCUCUAGGGUUAGUACAGGGUAUACACAGUCUGAUAUCUCUAGGGUUAGUAUAGGGUAUACACAGUCUGAUAUCGCUAGGGUUAGUACAAUGUAUACACAGUCUGAUAUCUCUAGGGUUAGUACAGGGUAUACACAGUCGGAUAUCUCUAGGGUUAGUACAGGGUAUACACAGUCUGAUAUCUCUAGGGUUAGUACAGUGUAUACACAGUCUGAUAUCUCUAGGGUUAGUAUAGGGUAUACACAGUCUGAUAUCUCUAGGGUUAGUACAGGGUAUACACAGUCGGAUAUCUCUAGGGUUAGUACAGGGUAUACACAGUCGCAUAUCUCUAGGGUUAGUAUAGGGUAUACACAGUCGGAUAUCUCUAGGGUUAGUACAGGGUAUACACAGUCGGAUAUCUCUAGGGUUAGUACAGGGUAUACACAGUCUGAUAUCUCUAGGGUUAGUAUAGGGUAUACACAGUCGGAUAUCUCUAGGGUUAGUAUAGGGUAUACACAGUCUGAUAUCUCUAGGGUUAGUACAGGGUAUACACAGUCUGAUAUCUCUAGGGUUAGUACAGGGUAUACACAGUCUGAUAUCUAUAGGGUUAGUACAGGGUAUACACAGUCUGAUAUCUCUAGGGUUAGUACAGGGUAUACACAGUCUGAUAUCUCUAGGGUUAGUACAGGGUAUACACAGUCGGAUAUCUCUAGGGUUAGUACAGGGUAUACACAGUCUGAUAUCUCUAGGGUUGGUAUAGGGUAUACACAGUCUGAUAUCUCUAGGGUUAGUACAGGGUAUACACAGUCUGAUAUCUCUAGGGUUAGUACAGGGUAUACACAGUCUGAUAUCUAUAGGGUUAGUACAGGGUAUACACAGUCUGAUAUCUCUAGGGUUAGAACAGGGUAUACACAGUCGGAUAUCUCUAGGGUUAGUAUAGGGUAUACACAGUCUGAUAUCUCUAGGGUUAGUACAGGGUAUACACAGUCUGAUAUCUCUAGGGUUAGUACAGGGUAUACACAGUCUGAUAUCUCUAGGGUUAGUAUAGGGUAUACACAGUCUGAUAUCUCUAGGGUUAGUACAGUGUAUACACAGUCUGAUAUCUCUAGGGUUAGUACAGGGUAUACACAGUCGGAUAUCUCUAGGGUUAGUACAGGGUAUACACAGUCUGAUAUCUCUAGGGUUAGUACAGGGUAUACACAGUCUGAUAUCUCUAGGGUUAGUACAGGGUAUACACAGUCUGAUAUCUCUAGGGUUAGUACAUGGUAUACACAGUCUGAUAUCUCUAGGGUUAGUACAGGGAAUACACAGGCUGCUAUCUCUAGGGUUAGUACAGGGUAUACACAGUUUGAUAUCUCUAGGGUUAGUACAGGGUAUACACAGUCUGAUAUCUCUAGGGUUAGUACAGGGUAUACACAGUCUGAUAUCUCUAGGGUUAGUAUAGGGUAUACACAGUCUGAUAUCUCUAGGGUUAGUAUAGGGUAUACACAGUCGGAUAUCUCUAGGGUUAGUAUAGGGUAUACACAGUCGGAUAUCUCUAGGGUUAGUAUAGGGUAUACACAGUCUGAUAUCUCUAGGGUUAGUAGAGGGUAUACACAGUCUGAUAUCUCUAGGGUUAGUAGAGGGUAUACACAGUCUGAUAUCUCUAGGGUUAGUAUAGGGUAUACACAGUCUGAUAUCUCUAGGGUUAGUACAGGGUAUACACAGUCUGAUAUCUCUAGGGUUAGUACAGGGUAUACACAGUCUGAUAUCUCUAGGGUUAGUACAGGGUAUACACAGUCUGAUAUCUGUAGGGUUGGUAUAGGGUAUACACAGUCUGAUACCUCUAGGGUUGGUACAAGGUAUACACAGUCUUAUAUCGCUAGGGUUGACACAGGGUAUACACAGAACUCUACAGUUUAUACAGGGUAUACACAGUCUGAUAUCUCUAGGGUUAGUAUAGGGUAUACACAGUCUGAUAUCUCUAGGGUUAGUACAGGGUAUACACAAUUUGCCACCUCUAUGGUUGGUACAGGGUAUAAGCAGUCUGCCACCUCUAUGGUUAGUACAGGGUAUACACAGUCUGCCACCUCUAUGGUUGGUACAGGGUAUACACAAUUUGCCACCUCUAUGGUUGGUACAGGGUAUAAGCAGUCUGCCACCUCUAUGGUUGGUACAGGGUAUACACGGUCUGGCACCCUUAGGGUUGGUAGAUGGUAUACACAAACCGCUAUGUUUGGUACAGGGCAUACAUUCUUCUUAUGCCAACAUUAAAUUCUUUGUUUAUCCACCUUGUAACAGAUGAUGAAGACAGUGGUGAUGAUGAAGGGGAUGUUGUGACUCGAGCAGCAUUAAAGAGGCAGUCACAGCAAAUCGUAGAAUCAAAGACCAAACGGCGAACCCGGCCUAAGAAGAAACGAGGAAAGCAGUAAAGGAAAAGGAAAGCAGAUCCUACAAACACAGUUUCCCUGACAUUCUGCUACCAACAACAUCCAUCAUCAUAUCACUCAAUCUUAGCAAUUCCAAUCCUUCUCAGUCCUUUUCCAACAACGUAAUCCUGUUCUCUUUAUCCACUUCUACCUCCAAUUCUCUUCUACAGGUCUUCUUUACGGUGGUUUCAUUCUUGCAGAACGCAGUGCUUUCCUACAAGACUUUGCCCAAAUAUCCAUUCUUUUAAAAAUGUCUUAAACAACUACUAUCCUACUAACUGUGUAACUCUUCUCUUCCUACCUAUUUACUACAUCUUGCCACAUUGUGUCCUCCUACGAAAUGUGCAUGGUCUGCUGACGUUAACUUUUCAUUGUCUAUGUAGACAGGUUUAUCAAGAUUCAGACUGAAGACACGACCAUCUUUCUUCCCUUUGCAUAUCUUUCAUAUUUCCUUUUUCAUAAAUAUACUCCCUUUAAUUACAUUUUACACUCUCUUAACCCAUUGUGAUAAUCUGUUUUACAUUUGCCCAAAAUUAUUUGUCAGAAUUUACAGAUUUGUAGUAAAUAAUAUUUUAUUGAAGAAGACACAUCACAUUUCAAGAUUUAAGCAACAAUAUAAGGCAUUUACUUUUUUUUUUUUUUUUGAAUUCUUUAUUUUUGGUCUGACGAAGAGGUCAACACAGAAAUAUGCAGGUGUACAUAUGCAAGUGACAGCGCAGUGUCGUACAUUUUUACAGAAUGAAAGUUGCAUUGGUUAUUUUAAACACUUUACCGACACUUUAUAUCCUGCGGACGUCCCCGUCCGAUAUUUUCGGUUAUGUUGGCAAGCACAAUUAACUAUAUACAAUGGUGGUAGUGUGGAGGGGUAGGCGUAGGGAGUAGAGCAGCAGUCCCAGACCUCUCAGGGCCCGCGACUGCUCCCCCGACUUCCCCCAUUGUCUGCAGAGCAUAAGCGUACUGAAGCCUGACUCCUCUUUCACCAGCUUGCGAGUCUGGAGUGCCUGCUUGUAAUAAGUAGGUAGGGGUGAGAGAUAGGAAAGUAUAGACAAGUAAAUGCGUUUAGGUGUCGUCUUAAUAUGGUUUCCCGAGGGACCAGUAGCAGAGGUCCCCGGGUUCCCCGGGUAGCACUCCGUGUGGUGUGUGUGUCCGUGCCCCUGUCCCAUAGUGGCGCCGCUUCCGCCAGUCCAGGCGCUGGUGUAGUAUUUAGCAUUGGGUAUGUCCCAAUUAUUGCCAUUUUGCGGAGCUCCCGCAUGCCGCCCUACGCCCCGAUUCAGGAUUUAACUGUCGUAUUGCUCCCACAGGUCCCAGACCUUCUGAAACUUAGUCAUAGUGUAAGGCAUUUACUUUUUAAAAAAGCAUAGUGGUCAAUACCAGGGUAAAGUGCAUAUCAGCCCAUCUUCAUUAGUACAAUAGAGCCACCACCAAUUACACGCUGAAGUAGAUUUCGGCACAAAAUGUCUCAUGAGAAAUAUGAAAGUCCCAGUGUUCAGUGUGUGCUUGCAGGAAUAGCAACCGUUAAAAAAUAUGGAAAAGUAUUUUAGAGAGACACGGAAAGAGAUAUAAGUGAGGAGAAAAAUAAUUAGGUAGAAAGCAAAAAAAGAUAAAUGGCUGAUUCUGAAACACUUCCGAUAUUUGAACAACAUUCAGUGAUAAUAUUAUAUGGGCAAUAUCUGCUCCACCUGGGCACCGUAGGGCCUGCAAUACCAUGGUACAGACCAAAAAGCAGACAAAUAAAUGACAUAUAUAACAGUUGUGCGUCUUUCGGACACAUUGUCUAGCGGUGGGUCUGAUGUCCCAUUUCCAGAUACACACAAACCAACACAGUAAAUUACUGCCUAUCAGAAAGUCCUUCUCUGACAAGCAACCCCGAUUGGCUAACAGAUAGAUUAGAGGUAGUGAGGGACAAGCACUACUGACAGGUAUACUGUAUAGGUGGGUACUGGUUCCCAGGGUCCCCUUCUGUGAACCCUAAAAGUACACAAAAUAAACAAUAAUGGAGCUGCAAAACCUAAGGUCUCAGUGAAGAUGUUUUGACCAAAUCACACGUUCUUCAUCAAGCUUGACCAUGUGGGCAGCUCCACUCUGUUGGAAUAAGCUCCUUCACUGAGUCCAUUAUUCUUAAUUUUGUGGCUAACAGAUAGGGCUGUCUAUUGCGCUAUCCCAUAAACCACGCAAUAUUAGGAAGAUCGCAUUCAAAAUAUGCAGCGCAUUUUCACCUCUAAAAAUGACAACUACAAUAAACUUCACAGGUUAGAAUCCCUCCAUGGUUUUCUCGUUUUAUAUUCACACACAUCUUCCUGAUGUGCUGCAUGGAACAUGCUUCUUUCUUGGCCUUCCCAAAUCCUUGCUUUUAUACUCCAUAAAUUAUUCUGUUUACAGGUUUGUUUGGUUUUUUUUGCUCACUUUCAUUUUCUUAGCUUUUAGCUCCCCGUACUUAUUUCACCCUCCCCCUUUCCACUCUAGCUAUCAUCUACGUAAAUCUCACAAAGUGCAAGGGCAAAGCAGGGGCUACGGGAUCAGCAUCUGACAGUGUGUGAUGUUAUUGGGGUGAAAGAUGCUGUGGGAAUAAAAAGUUCUGACGUCAUCGAUGAAGCGGGUUUAUGCUGACAUAUGAUGGCCUUUCUGUUUUGAGUGAUAAAUAAUAAAUAGAGAUUAUUCACCAAACUUCUUUUCUCAUUUUUAUAAAGCAAAAUGUCUUAAGUGCCAUGUAACAUCUUAUUACCGUAACCCUGCUCCAGAGUGCCUUAUUACCUCUGUAACGUCUUCUUACAGUAACCCGGCUCCUGAGUGCCUUAUUACCCUGUAACAUCUUAUUACAGUAACCCG